AUGCGUCUUCCAUACGCCCCGUCAACUGCAGAUAAUCAGACACUGGAGGUGCAGGACAUAUAUGCCCGUAUAGCAGCGAGACGUCUUCCCCGGCCCCUUAUUCCUCUCGACUUAACCCUCCUACAUGCGCCACCUGUGGCUGAUGGCUAUAAUAGCUUUGUUGGAGCACUUCGAACAAAGACAGUGAUUGAUGCCGGUCUUCUGGAAUUAUCCAUCAGCCGGGUAGCAAUUUUGAAUCAGGCCGUCUACGAAUGGAACAUUCAUGCACCACUAGCCCUCAAAGCUGGUAUCAAACCUGCCGAAUUAAACGAGGUCCAAAAACUUCCUUCAUAUGCCGAAUUGAGUAACGUUGAGGAUGUGUGGAAAGCUUGGCAGGAAACAUGUCUCGACGUGAGACAACGGGCGGUUGUGGCAUACACCGAUGAGAUGACCCAGAAUGUUGCGGUCAAAGACGAAACUUUCAAGCUUCUUAGGGAUGUCGAAUUCUCAGAUCGUGAGAUCCUCGAGUUGACCACGACUAUUGCGGGAUACAAUUGUGUUAGUCGAAUUCUUGUUUCUUUGGAUGUAGGGGAGAACAACGGGAAGGAGAUGAAGAGCGUGGAAAGUAUGGUGAAUUGA